AUGAAUCUGCAAAAAAGUAAAACAGUUGAGUUCUCUAAGGAGAAUCACCAAUUUGAUGACCAAAUUACUCCUAAAGAAGAAAUAAAGAUCAACCAACUUGAGACCAGACUUAAAAUGCUGCCUGAGAAGUCUGAAUUACAAGCUUCUUUGAACAAGAAGAGGAUCUCCCAAAGGGAGAUCCUCCCUCUUAAAAAGAAGGAGAAUUUUCUGACGUUCGAGUCGGAUCAUGAGUCAGGGAAUAUCUCAGAUUGCAGCGAGCAUCUUGACGAUAACUAUUUCAACCUUCGUAGGAUCAAUUCUACUCCCUGAAAAGGGGGCAGACUUGAGGAUGAAAAUGUUGAGAAAGAAUCCGACUUCUGUAUCAUUGAUCACUGUGAUGUUGAAGGCUACUUCAUUCAUGAUAAAAAUCACAAAUUUAUCAGAGGACAAGAGAUCCGUGGAAUCCCUAAAAUUGAUGAAAGCAAGUUGGGCGAAGAGGAAUCUGACAGAGCUCCGAAUGCAAGUUUCAUCUUGGAUGAAACUGUUCGCUAUAGUCGUGGAUCUCUUACUGAAAACUUUGCUGAACAGAUUCUAGACUAUAUCAGGGAGUCUAAUGCCUCUGAGCUAAUGUAUUUCAAGAAUGAAGAAAAGAAUGAGAAUGACGAAUUUGACAGUUGGGUAAUUGCUGACUUUGUGAAUGAUUAUGAGAUCCUUGAAAGAGAUAGCUUGUGUCCAAAUAGUGAAAACAAGGAAUCUCAAUUAAACAGAAUGGUUGUAGUCACCAAGAACCAAAUCAACCGAGGCAUUGGGGCCAGCGAAGCUGGAUUCAAUUCAGACCAGAGCUCUCAAGAAAGUAAUGACUACGCAAUCCUAGCAAGCCCAGGAUGUGAAGUUAUAAAAACUUGGAGAGUGAAAAAUAUGUCUGACUACAAGUGGCCUCAGGAGCCAUAUUUGAAGGCACAGAAGUCAUGGAUCUCCUGCAAGCUGCCAAUCCUUCGCCAACUCCUACCGGAUGAGGAGAUGGAGAUCUCUGUGAGGAUCUUCAUUGAUGAAGAGGUCCCUGAUGGAUCUACCAUUAAUUAUACCUUCUUUGUGUGUUCAAAGAAGUAUAUGAACAUUGGAGAGGCCCUUACAGCCACUAUCAAGGUUGACAAGAAGAAGUUCAGUGAGAAGAUAGCUGCUAGAAGGCGAGAAGAAGCAAAUCGGGAAGAGGUCGGAGUUUCUGAAUUUAACAGAAUGUUCACCCGUCAACUGACUAAGUAAAGGAAAGAU